ACAAUAAUCCAAAAUACGUGGUCAAAUAGCAUAAGGGUAGCCUUUGCUACCUCCAGUUGCCACAGUGAAUUUUGGAAUCCACAUUAUUAAUAAACUAGUGCUCCGGAAAUUUAAACAUUAGUGCUAAAUUAAAGCUUAAUCCUUUGUAGGACAACGUCAGUUUUGGAAGUGCCCAUCGACAAAUAAAAGAAUGCAUUCUAUCGCGUUUCGCUCAGUGACAGAGGAAGUGGAAGAGGAAGAACGGUUGAUGGCGCAGAGGGUCGAACGACGAAAAUUGCGUGAUGCCAUAAAUCCCUUCAAGUUGCCGCAAUCUUUAUUUGAAAAGUAUUACCGACUUAACAAGGCGGGAUUCCAAUAUUUGUUGGACGUAUUGACAGCAAAUACGGAGGCACCAAAGAAGGCUUUUGCGAUAUCUCCCAUCGCAAAACUGAGCGGGUGUUUAAAAUUUUUGGCUGAAGGUGGGUACCAGACGGGUGUGGGUAAAGACUGCGACGUGUCGUUGGCGCAAUCUAGUUUCAUCAAAGUGUUGACGGAAGUGCGGACCGUUUUUGAGCGCCAUUUGUGCCAGCAGUGGAUAAAGGUGAGCGAAAGCGAGGAGGAAAACAGGAAUAUCGCCCGAGCCUUUUACGUUAAAUAUGGCAUUC